CGCGUAAAAUAUACAACUUAUAAUUUUCAAACCCUAAAUUCACCACUGCUUCUGCUCUGUUUUGCGAGAUGGCGAAGGAAGAUACGAAUGGUGGAGCAGGAACCUCAAAUGGAAUGGUCAGUGAUGUACCCGCUACAGUCGAAGAAGUGAACGAUAAAGUUGAUGAAUUGACGUUAGCGGAUUCCUCAGAAACUGGCGUUCAGGAAGCUGCAAAAAAGAAGAAGAAGAAGAACAAAAGCAAGAGAAAAAAAGAAACAAAGGAGCAAACUGAUCCACCUACUAUUCCAGUUUCAGAGCUUUUCUCCCAGGGAAACUUUCCAGAGGGUGAAAUUCAGCAAUAUAAGGAUGAUAACUUAUGGAGGUCUACAUCUGAGGAAAAGAGAGAUUUAGAACGCUUAGAAAAGCCUAUGUAUGACUCAGUUCGACAAGCAGCAGAAGUUCAUCGUCAGGUUCGGAAAUAUAUUAGGAGCAUUUUGAAGCCUGGAAUGCUGAUGGUCGACCUGUGUGAAACCUUGGAGAAUACUGUUCGUAAGUUGAUAUCAGAGAAUGGUCUACAAGCUGGUAUUGCGUUCCCUACAGGAUGCUCAUUGAACUGGGUUGCAGCCCAUUGGACCCCCAACUCUGGAGAUAAAACUGUGCUUCAAUAUGAUGAUGUCAUGAAAUUGGAUUUCGGAACUCAUAUAAAUGGGCACAUAGUUGACUGUGCAUUCACAGUUGCAUUCAAUCCAAUGUUUGAUCCGUUGCUCGAGGCCUCUCGGGAAGCCACAAAUACUGGUAUUAAGGAAGCAGGGAUUGAUGUACGUCUAUGUGAUAUAGGUGCUGCAAUCCAAGAGGUCAUGGAGUCUUAUGAGGUAGAAAUUAAUGGAAAGGUCUUCCAAGUGAAAAGUAUCCGGAACUUGAAUGGACACAGCAUCGGACCUUACCAAAUUCACGCCGGAAAAUCAGUUCCAAUUGUGAAAGGAGGAGAACAAACAAAGAUGGAAGAGGGAGAAUUCUAUGCAAUUGAAACUUUCGGAUCUACUGGCAAGGGUUAUGUGAGAGAAGAUCUGGAGUGCAGCCAUUACAUGAAAAAUUUUGACGUUGGUCAUGUUCCGCUGCGGUUACCAAGAGCAAAACAGCUUCUUGCCACAAUCGAUAAGAAUUUCUCUACACUGGCCUUCUGCAGACGCUAUUUAGAUCGACUAGAUGAGACGAAAUAUUUAAUGGCUCUCAAGAAUUUGUGUGAUGCUGGUGUUGUUCAGCCGUACCCUCCGUUGUGUGACACAAAGGGUAGCUACGUAUCUCAGUUCGAGCACACCAUCCUACUCCGCCCGACAUGCAAAGAGGUCAUAUCGAGAGGCAGUGAUUAUUAAUUAAUUACCGAUAACCUCUUUUCUUUUAUGGUAAUGUAAUAUAUAAUCACUUGAAUUCACGACUACCUCCAACCCAUAAAUGUGAACUCUUAUUCUCUAAAUUUCGACAAAAAUGAUUUUGAUUUUGGUUU